AUGGCCGCAUCCAAAGUAGAAAUCGCCCCCUUCGAGGUCACUCCCCUCGACGCCAUUCCCGCCGUCUGCAGCACCGCCCGUGCCACCUUCGCCUCCCACAAGACCAAGAACCUGCAAUGGCGUCUCGUCCAGCUGCGCAAGCUCUACUGGGCUCUCGACGACUUCAAGGCCUCCCUCAUGGCCGCGCUGCAGCAGGACCUGCGCAAGGGCGGAUAUGAGUCGGACUUCACCGAGGUCGACUGGGUCAAGAACGACUGCCUGCACAUGAUCAACAACCUCGAGACCUUUGCCAAGACGGAGAAGCUCAAGGAUCUGCCCGUCACCUACUCGAUGAUGAACUUCCGCGUCAAAAAGGAGCCUUUGGGAACCGUCCUCAUCAUCGGCCCUUACAACUUCCCCAUCCAGCUGGUGCUGGCCCCGCUCGUGGGCGCCAUUGGCGCCGGCUGCACGGCCGUCAUCAAGCCCUCCGAGCUGACCCCCGCGUGCGCCAUGGCCAUGAAGGAAAUGAUCGAGAGCCGGCUGGACCGCGACGCCUUCGCCGUCGUCAACGGCGGUGUCCCCGAGACCAACGCGCUCAUGGAGGAGAAGUGGGACAAGAUCAUGUUCACCGGCAGUGCCCAGGUCGGCUCCAUCAUUGCCCGCAAGGCCGCCGAGACGCUGACGCCCGUGUGCCUCGAGCUGGGCGGCAGGAACCCGGCCUUUGUGACCAAGAAGGCCAACCUGGCGCUCGCGGCCCGCCGCCUGAUGUGGGGCAAGGUCCUGAACGCCGGACAGGUGUGCAUGAGCCAUAACUACGUGCUCGUUGACAAGGAUGUGGCCGACACUUUCAUCGAGUUCCUCAAGAUUGCGUACAAGGACAUGUUCCCCAACGGAGCAAAGGCCAGCCCGGAUCUGUCGCGCAUUGUCAACGCGAGGCACUUCAACAGAAUCAAGAAGAUGUUGGACGAGACCAAGGGCAAGAUUGUCAUGGGCGGCGAGAUGGACGAGAGCGAGCUGUACAUCGAGCCGACGGCGGUGUUGGUGGAUAGUCUCGAUGAUCCGAUGAUGCAGGAAGAGAGCUUCGGUCCCAUCUUUAGCAUUUACCCUGUGGACACCCUCGACCAAGCGCUCAGCAUUGCCAAUAACGUGCACCGGACGCCGUUGGCGCUGAUGGCGUUUGGUGACAAGUCGGAGACUAACAGGAUCCUCGACGAAAUGACCUCUGGCGGCGCCUGCAUCAACGACUCCUACUUCCACGGCGCUGUGCACACGGUUCCCUUCGGUGGCGUCGGCGACUCCGGCUGGGGCGCUUAUCGCGGCAAAGCCAGCUUCGACAACUUUACGCACUUCCGCACCGUGUCCGAAACCCCAACCUGGAUGGACCGGUUCCUGCGCGUGCGCUACAUGCCGUACGACUGGAGCGAGCUCAGGCUCCUGCAGCGCUGGACCAACAAGAAGCCCAACUUUGACCGCCAGGGGACCGUCGCUAAGGGGCCCGAAUACUGGACGUGGUACUUCUUGGGCUUGGGUACCAAGGGCGGUGUUAAAGGUGCGUUGAUGAGAUGGCUGGUCGUGGUCGCUGGCUAUUAUCUAUCUGCUUAUAUGAAGGCGAGGAGGGCUUGA